AUGGUGGAAGAAUUUUUCACUGUGAUUAUUAUAUUUUCCAUGAACAUCUCGAGAGAUUUUACCGACUGCUUUGAGUUUGGAAAUAGGUCCUGUUCUGACAGCUCUAGGUCACCGAGAGUACGAGGGGUAUUGUAUUUCUCCAUAACUGCAGCCUUCCUUCUCACUGUCUCAGGGAAUACGGCCAUAAUUUUUUCCAUCUUGUAUUUCAAACAGCUUCAUUCUCCAACCAAUUUUCUCAUCUUAUCCAUGGCUGUCACAGAUUUCCUCUUGGGCUUUGCCAUUAUGCCCUACAGCAUGGUGAGAUCUGUGGAGAACUGCUGGUAUUUUGGGAUGAUGUUCUGCAAAAUUCAUUACAGUUUUGACCUGAUGCUCUGCUUGGUUUCCAUUUUUCAUCUUUGUUCCAUUGCAGUGGAUCGUUUUUAUGCAAUCUGCCACCCUCUCCAUUAUGCCAGCACAAUGACCAUGGCUGCCAUAAAGCAAAUAACAGCAGUGUGUUGGUCAGUGCCAGCUGCAUUUGCUUUUGGUGUUGUUUUCUCGGAAGCUUAUGCUUCUGGAAUUGAGGGCUAUGAAAGUUUGGUCAAAUGCUCAAGCUUGUGCCCUAUUAUGUUCAACAAAGCAUGGGGGAUUGUUUUAUUUACAGUUGGUCUUUUUGCUCCUGCUUGUAUUAUGUUAGGGAUCUACAUUAAAAUUUUUGUAGUCUCCCAAAAGCACAUACGUGUGUUGAGCCUGACACACAAGCACAGAAAAAGUGAUAUGAAAAAUGGACUUCCUAAGAGUAAAGACAAGAAAGCUGCCAAGACUUUGAGUGUAGUUAUGUUGGCUUUCUUUGUAUGCUGGUUUCCUUGCUUUUUUGCAGUCCUACUUGAUCCAUUUUUAAAUUUCUCUAUUCCUUCCCCUUUGUUUGAUGCUCUAAACUGGUUUGGUUACUUAAAUUCUACCUGUAAUCCAUUAAUAUAUGGCUUUUUCUACCCAUGGUUUCGGAAAGCUUUUAAAUAUAUUGUAACAGGCAAAAUAUUUAACUCCCAACUUCGUACAACAAAACUUUCAUCUGAAGAUUAG